AACCCAUGCAGCAACAAAAAUGGCCUCAGGAGAGGAACAUGGACUCCAGAAGAAGACAUGAAGUUGGUUGCUUAUAUUACUAGGUAUGGCUGUUGGAAUUGGCGACUACUCCCCAAGUUUGCUGGAUUGGCAAGGUGUGGAAAGAGUUGCAGGCUUCGGUGGAUGAACUACUUAAGACCAGACAUCAAAAGAGGGAAUUACACUCCCCUAGAAGACGACACUAUCAUCACACUUCACCAAAAGCUGGGUAACAAGUGGUCAAAGAUUGCUGCUUGUUUACCGGGAAGAACUGAUAACGAAAUAAAAAACCACUGGCACACCAAUCUCAAGAAGAGAGCUCAAGGAAACUCAGCUGGACAUGAAAAGGAUAAAGCCUUCAAGUCAAAGGAUCAAAUUCCACUUGAAUCGAGCCCAGAGAUCUGCGACUCAUCAAUCACAAUAUGUACUACAACUGCUCCUUCUUCACAGUGUGAUACAUCAGCAGGCGAGUCCCAGAUCUCAAGUACUUUCCCAGUGCAGCUCACUGAUCAUGCCGGUGGUUUCAGCAGUAAUAAUGAAAAUUUGGUCGGGGAAGAUUGUCAUAACUUGGCUACUCCGGAUGCGUUCGUUGAGACUAUGAGUGAAAAUUUUUGGACAGAGCCGUACAUGGUUGACGUUUCCUACGUCCCCAAUGAAGAAUUUUUACCGUUGUCCCCUGAAUAUGAGUACAAUGCACAGCUUUGGGAACACAGUGGCUCGCAUGACGAAUAUAUUGACUUAUCUUGA